GAUAUUUUUGUCUCCAGAGAGAGGCUGGUGUGUUAAACAUCGCCGGUAAUGUAACCGCCGUAGGGUGACCUCUACGUGCACUUGACGCCACGUGAACACAGAUGGUAGCACGAGUACGUGGCGCGACGGUCGAAGCCGGGAGCAGUCGGUCGUCUAGUAUCGCCGCGGGAGGACAGUACGGUUGCCGUUCGAGCUCUCUGUGACGCGUUGCGAUUGGUCGACGUCUCCUUCCGCCGACCCCGCCUACCAGGUGUCCGUUCGAAAGUGUGUAGUUGUGUAGUACGUUACGGCGGAACGACGGGCGCUGCUCUCCUCUCUCACCGAGUUCGUGUCCAAUCACAGGAAAAAUUCGAAAUGAUACGUGUUCCGCCCGCUAAUAUGUGACGAUCUCGAGGAAACCUGGAGGAGACGAGCAAGCGUGUCGCGAGCGCGGUGAGGGUAGGUUGUUGCUUCACGUCGGCACGGGGUGCUACUUCGGUCGGUUCUCGCAGCGGGGACUGUACACGGUCCGGGGGUGUCGCAGCUGCGAGGUAGUAGUGUGUCGACGAGAGACGUGAGAGGAGCCCGCGGGGAUAUCUGGAAGUGACGACGACCGCGAAGGUGGUGCGAGCGUUACGAGGAACAGGAACGUUACGUUUCGCGACGACGACGGCGACGACGACGACGGCGGCGGCGACAACGAGGACGCUUUGAUGUGCCAAGCUCGCGGUGCGCGUGAGAACACGUUCGUCGUCGUCUCGACGGAGAUCACGUCGUCUCGCCGUCUCGGGCGCAUCGUUUCCGCGUCCCUUCCCGUGCUUCUCUGCGCCGUGCCAGUUCCGCGUCGUGAGUUCCGGCGGCACAGCCGUGUGUCGUCGUCGUCGCCGCAAGUCCGGGUGUACGCCGUGAAGUUGGCGCCGAACGGCCGAACGCGCGCGAUCGUUCGACAGUGAGACGGCGGUGGACGAGACUGCGUGAGAGAAAAGAUCGGAAAAGGAGUGAGAAGUGCGUUCCAUCGACGUGCCGUUUUACGACGGCGGGACCCAGCAACGAGCGAGCGAACCAACCAGCCAGCAGCCUAGCAGAGGACGUCAGCUGUGUUCUGCGCCGAGGGGGACCGUCGCGGACGUGAGAGCAAGCGAGACAGUGCGUGCGAGCGCGAGAGAGAAGCCGUGCACGGCCGAGAGACAGAGAAAUGGCGACGCUGGAGGCAGGUGUCCAGUAUGGUUUGCGAAGCAAUUUCAACGAAAACAAGAACCUGCUGUUCGUCAAGCUCACCGAUUCAGCGCAUCGUCAGAUCCUGAGCUACGUGAAAAAUAGGUAUACGAUCGACAAGAAACCAACCAUCCAAGUCACGGGAAAUGAAGGACGGCUCUGUUUUCCAUCCCUCGACGGCCAUGAGUCCUCCUUCACGUUCAGCCUCUCCGGCAACCAGGACAUCGAGGGUCCUUCGGGCGGCUUCGAGUGUAUCCAGCAAACCGGCGCUAAGAAUCUGGAGAGCCUCGGCAACAUUCCGUACAAAAUGCGGAUACACGCGAACGACGACGUGUACGAGACCACCAGGCACAGGAUGGUGAUCGCCGAGGAGAACAACAAGAAUAAAUGCACGCGGGUGAUCAAGGCGAAUGGUCCAAACAUCGGGCGCAAGGUGAAAGUGCCUGUAACCGGAAGGACGAUACCUCCUCCGUCGAACGCGAGGCAUCGGGAAUCGUCGUCCCCCGCCAGUCAGCCCAAGCGAUCUCCUUCCUACCGGCCAACCACCAACAACUUGCCGGAGAAGAAGAUCAGCGACCUCAUGCGCAGGCCUCUCAAGGAAAGGCUGAUCCAUCUUCUCGCUUUGAGGCCGUUCAAGAGACCCGAGCUCUACGAUCGCAUCAACAAAGAGGGCAUGCGGGAGCGAGAGAAGCCCAUCGUGACGACGCUCUUGCGGCAGGUGGCCUGCAUGCGCGACAACUCGUAUCACCUGCACAGGCACAUCUGGAACGACGUGCAGGAGGACUGGCCGUUCUACACCGAGCAGGAGAGGGCCAUUCUCAGGCGACGGAAACCCCAGAACCUCACCCCGCCCGGUUCCAGCGACGGAUCAACUGGUACAUCUUCCACACGACAGUACUUACUUUUAGGCAGCGGCCAAUCGCCGAAUUCCAUCCAGCCGGGCUCACCGCCCGCCAUCACGGCGCCACCCCCGUCGCUGUUGGGCAACAAGAGGCCGGGCUACUACCAGGGUAACGACGGCCUGCAGACGAAGAAGCCACGGAUAUCCCACUACCGGAAAUCGGAGACCAACAGCUCGUCGAACGCCAGCGGCGAGAGCGGGAGGAGGACGACGGCCAGUAGCGACGGCGGCAGCGGCGUCAGUCCGACCGCCGGCGGCGUCGUCCUCGGCGGCGGUAGUAGUAAUAAUAGUGCAAAUGGCAGUGCUGGCGGCUCCAGCUGGGACCACAAAAGGCAACAGCAGCGUGAACGUCGCGGUGAUUGCCGGCCCGAAAGAACAGCGAACAGUGAUGUGCCGCGAGGUGGGAUCGGCUACAGCAGCGGUGGCGGCCGAUCGUGCCAAGCGUCGCCCAGUGACAACGGCCAGGGCGUCGGUUACGGGCGCGGUGGUGACAGUGCCGUCGCGACGGCCGGCGGCGGCUCGUUGGGCGCGCUGCCGUCCGACAGCCAUAAUUCCCACAGUAGUCCAGCCUACAGCAGCAGCCUCGGCGGCGGCAACAGCGCGGUGAUCGUCGGCGGGGACCGACAUUAUUACUCUGGCCGGUCGUCGGCGACGGCGGUCAGCGGUGGUGACAACAGUGCCUGUGGUGGUGCGGGUGUGGACAGUGCCGCGCGUUUCGCGCCGAGUGGUGCGAGGAGUGAUAACGUUAAUGUUAAUAAUAUCACUGGCAAUCGUCACGGCGGCAGCCCGAGCAGCGGCGUGAGCGCCGACAGGAGGGACAGAAGCGACAGGAGUCGGACGGUCGUGAAGGAAGAUAAUAAGGACUGCUGGCCUUGGACGAUGGGAGGUGGUGAUAGUGCGAACGGUAUAACGGCGAACGCCUUCAGCGUCCACGCCGAUAUCAGCUCCGGCAGCGCGCACUGCGACCUCCCGAUCAUCGAGGACAGCUCGGCGAGUCCGGGGGCUCUGGAGGGUAACCUUCAAGCGGCUACGGACCCUCUGGCGUUGGGGAGUCCCAUGACUCUGGACAGCUCCCAACUCCCCAACUACCUCACGUACUACACGACAAUAACCAACCUGGAGCAAAGGCGACGUUACAAAGUAGCGUUCAAUGCGCACUAUGAGGAGUACCGAAGGCUGCACGCGCUAGUCGUCGCGGUCUCCCAGCGCUUCUCGCAAUUGUACGAGCGAAUGACUGAGCAGGCGAACUUGGGCAACUCGAGCGAAUGUCAGCGACUAAAGCAGCAGAUCUUGAUGGAGUACCAGGAGAAGAGGAAUGAUAUCGCACACAUAGAAGUUAGGAGGCGGUUCAACUACCUGCACCUCAAGCUGACCCACAUAAAACAACUGGUCAACGACUACGACGCGCAGAACUUCAGCGAAAACGCGGAGACGACGCCGAACGUUUGCAGCAACGAGAGCAAGGACUUCGACAGCCGGCACUACUGACACAAACUUAUUAAACGGCUGCCUCUCGUUCCCUGCCUUCUCUCGGUUGUCGACACGCUGCCGUCAACAUCGCCAAGGAAACUGUGCUUCCUAGGCAUGUUCCAAGGCUGACUCGUCUCACGGUCCACAUGGUUCCUGGGUUCCAUCGCCGAAUGGUAUCAAGCGCAUCCGGUCCGUCGCCCGGGCCCGGCGAGUUCGUUCUCACAAGUGUAUCGCACGAGAUACACUGCCUGCCUGCCUAUCUGCCUGCCUGCCUGCCUACCUGCCUGCCUGCCUGCCUGCUGACCCUCCACAAGAUUUGACCCUCCGUCGUCAAGUUCUCGAUCAAGAUCGGCCCACGAGAUUCUCGUCGCAGCGUUGCUGCUCGGUGCGUCGUUUCUGUUUGUUCACACCAUAAUAGUACGAUAAUUAGCUGUAUUAAUUUAAUUAUCCAUAGCUUUAACACACAAGUACUUCGCUAUGUGAAUUGUCGUGCACUGAGAUACAGCGAGGCUCUCGUACAGUCCCAAUUGCGGUGAUCCUCUCGCCCUUCGAAACGAGAGGUAAUUACCGCGUUAUGUGCAAAUAACGCUCUUUCUUUCGUUUGAUCCCUUUUAAACUUAUUAACAUGCCUUUCAAUUGUGAUUGUUUUCUUUUAUUCAUUGUAUGUGUCAUGCACCGUUACGCGCGAAAAUUGACAAAUACAUAUUCUCUUCGGUACGCAGGUGAAUCCAGGAAAGAUUUUUUUCUUUUUUAAAACUGAUCUCUCAGAGAAGAACGCGCCACGACGGUGCAUUAUGUGUGCGAGAUACAUAGGAACGGCUAUAUCUUAGUGCACGACGCCACAGGCAACAACCGGGAAAACCUGAGUAUUCGUGCAAUGUAUCCUUUUUUUUUUUUUCCAUUAUUAUUCUGUUGAACAAUUUCGACGCGAUUGCGACCGAGUAUGCGAUGCGACGGAAUUUUCGAGUCGAGCAUCCUGACGCUCGCAUCAAUGCCGAAGAUCACACGACGCCGAAUCGUCCAGUGGCUUAUAUCCCCUUAUCACCCGUUUCACUAGAGACUAUCAUUGUGCGAAAUGUUCGUUCGACCGUCGGUACGUUAAUUAAUUAAAUAAAUACGAAUUGAUAAUUGCUCCUGCAUGCCCCCCCAAUUAUAUACUCGCGACGUCGGUUGCAGAUUGAUUUUCGCCGCCUCUUUUACAACUCGAUUCGGACUCGCAAAAUUGUAUUUCGACAACUAUGGCUCGCGGGACUUUCACGCGCGUCAACCACGACAGUAGAAAUCAGCGUUUCUACUUUUCCCUUUCUUUUCAGUUCCCUCUUCUUCCCGAUGCUCGUUGUUUUAUUCCACGCUCGUAGAAGA